AUGACCCUCUGUUGCUGCCCACCUUACUGUCAGCCUAGCUGCUGCAGCACCACCUGCUGCAAGACCACCUCUUGCUGUGAAUCCAGCAGCUGCCCUGAGUCCAUCUGCUGCCAGCCUUGCUGUCCCCCAAUUUGCUGCUGCAUACCAUGCUGCCAGUCCAGCUGCUGCAACAUCAAGUCUGUCAGCAACUGCUGUCAGCCCUGCUGCUCACCAGCCUGCUCUGAAAGCACGGGCUGCAAGACCACCUGUUGCAAGCCAACCUGUGUGAGCAUCUGCUGCAGCACACCCUGCUGCCAGCCCUGCUACUGUGAGCCCAGCUGCUGCCAGCGCAGCUCCAUAAAGAUCAGUUGUCAACCAACCUGCUGUGAAACCAGUUGCUGCAAGAAUACCUGUUGCAAAACAAAUUGUGUGACCAUUGGUUGCAGCCCAACCUGCUGCCCGGCCUGCUGCUGUGUGCCCACCUGUUGCCUGCCCUGCUGCUGUGUGCCCAGCUGCUGCCAGCCCAGCUCCAUAAAGAUCAACUGUCAACCAACUUGCUGUGAAACCACCUGCCGCAAGACCACCUCUUUUCAACCAACCUGUGUGAGUAUCAGCUGCAGCACACCCUGCUGCCAGCCCUGCUGCUGCUGA